AUGGACAUGGUAAAAAAAAACGUUGUACGAUUCAAAUGCUGUGUUCACUGACCAGUCUGAAAAUAUUUAAAUAAUUAAAAUAUUUUCUCUUAGAAACAUGGUUAGUUUGUCGGACGACUCUAGACGAUCAGGGGGUUAUUUCUUCAAUGACGACCACUCCACCAUACAGGCCUCGGACUCUGACGAUCUCCUGCUACAAAACCACGAAUUGUUUGCGGGGGAGAAGGACGCGCCGUUUAAACACAUCAACACGACAUGGGCCAUACUGCUGGAGAUGUUACUGUUUGUUCUGUUAGUGGUUGCAGGAUUUGUCGUUCCCGUCGUCUGUGCGGGCCAGAAGUGUGGGACGGAUGCCGUGGCGAUCAUCGUGUACGCACACGGCGCAUUGUGGUUCGUGCUGCUUCUUAUGGACUAUUUCUUCCGGCGGAAGCAUCACGUGAGCAGACUGUAUGGAUAUCUGGAAUUCUUCCGCAGGACUAAGAAGAUCAGGAGAGUUCCCCUACUCAUCAAUUCAGGGGCGAGUGCUGUGCUGCUUAUACUUGUGAAGGUUCUUGACAAGUAUUGUAACAAGACGCCGGGGGCCGCAUGUCCAACGCUGCGAGACGAAAACUACAUCCAGAUCGUCAUAACGAUCGAGGUGGCCUUGAUCAUCCCUUUCCUCGGAUUGUACUUAGUACGUACGGUUCGGUUCAACAGAGAUGAGGCGUGUCCCGAUGUCAAUAAAGACGAGAUGCUGACAAGUUUUAUACAGUCUCAGUCGCAGUCUUCUGAUAUUGGAUUCAGAGAUGAGAAUUAUAUAGAGGAAAUUCUGGAGAAACAGGCUGAUAUGAUUCGUUACUUAAAGCAGCACAACGCCCAGCUGGGAAAACGUAUUCUUACGCUGACAGCAGAGAACGCCAUCCUCAAAGAGCACAACUGAACAGUGGUGUAGGAAGGUGCCAAAAAGUGUG